GAGGACUCGGUGGCGGAUACACGGGACCUGGUUAUCUCCCCGGGGACAGCCCUCGGGGACAGCCGGCAGCACGCCCUCCCACGAGUCAAACAAGACAAGUGAAACUGGAGUGGAUUUGGUGGCCAAAAAUUCAUACGUUGUCCCAGAAACAUAUUCCACUUUUUUAAUAGUUUUUUUGUGUUGUGCUAGUACUGAAUAAUCUCAUCCGUCUGACACUGUGACCACAAAAUGUCUCGGAAACAUAACCAAAAAGAUCCAAUAGGCUUUGUCUUUGACGUCCAGUCCAAUACUGUGAUGGCUCAAGGAGGCUCUUAUGAAAAUAUGAAGGAAAAGAUUAAUGCAGUUCGAGCCGUUGUUCCCAACAAAAGCAACAAUGAGAUUAUCCUGGUGCUCCAGCACUUUGAUAACUGUGUGGACAGGACGGUUCAAGCUUUCAUGGAAGGUAAUGCAGUAGAGGUUUUAAAAGAAUGGACUGUGCUUGGCAAGAAGAAGAAUAAAAAGAAGAAGAGUAAACCUAAACCAGAGGUUGCGGCUCCUAACAGCACGGCUGACUGUGGUAAAUCCACACCUGGAGAGGGCGAACAGAGCACUGCACCUUGUGAGAAGAGCGGGCUGAAUGGUUACCAUAUCAACGGUGCCACCAAUGACACAGAGUCAGUGGAUUCCUUCAGUGAGGGUCUGGAUACACUUUCUUUGGAUGCCAGAGAGUUAGAAGAUUCUGAACCCUCCACCCCUGAUGUUUCUGAUCCACCAGCCACAACGUUCGAGAAUGGACGUCCAGACCUUGAGUUGAAACUCACAACCUCUCACCUUCCUCAGAGAUCUGCACAUCCAAAAGCUGUUCCAUCUGACCACAGGCAUACUAACAAAGCUCGCUCAGGAAGCAUGUCUAGCUCCCAGUCAUUAAAUGACGAUGCAUCUGCAUCCUCAGGCUCUAAAAAACUAGGUGCCAACAUUGAGAAGUCCGUGAAGGACCUGCAGCGCUGCUCUGUCUCCCUUGCACGUUACCGCAUGGUGGUAAAGGAAGAAAUGGAUGCCUCGAUCAAGAAGAUGAAGCAGACUUUCUCAGAACUGCAAAGCUGCCUCAUGGACAGAGAAGUAGCUCUUCUUGCGGAAAUGGACAAAGUGAAAGCAGAAGCAAUGGAAAUCCUGGACAGUAGGCAAAAGAAAGCUGAGGAGCUAAAGAAGCUGACGGAUGUAGCUGUGCGCAUGUCUGAAGAACAACUUUCAGAACUUCGAGCAGAUAUUAAGCAUUUUGUCAGUGAGCGGAAGUACGAUGAGGAAUUAGGUCGAGCUGCAAGAUUCACCGCUGAAUUGGAAACGGUGAAGAAGAGUAUAGAAUCGUUUGGGCAAGUUUCCCACCCAAAGAACAAUUACUCGGUUCGUUCUCGCUGUUACUCUCUGACAAGUCCCAGUGACACAUCUGCUCCGUCCACUCCAGAACUCUCGUUUGCCCCAAGCCUUACAUCAACCUACAAGAAACCUUCAGCCACAGGGGACACACCAGCUACAACCACCCAUUAUGUCAACCGCCAGAACCAACCUCCCAGACAGGGUAUCCCAAUGAAUAAAAGACCAGGACAGGGUUACCGACCUCAAGGUCCACGGCAAAACUACCACAACAACAACAUGAGAUAUGAUAACAGAAAUCGAAACAGCUCCUGGUAUCAUUCGGGGCCCCGAAACCAGAGCUAUCAUCCACAGGCCCAACGUCCGCCCAAUGACCGUCCCUCUGCCAAUAUCUCUGGAACCAAUGGACCUGCUGCAGCCUCUGAGCCUAUCCAAACUGGAGGCUUAGACCCGGACAUCAAGGCCCUUCCGCAACGCAAACCUAGGGCAAGCCAAGCAACCGCUUCCUGAAACCGGAAAAAAGAACCACGAGCCUCUAGUCCGCACUUUCAAUGUUCAACUCCAUUACUUGACUUUAGAGAACUGUUAGGUUUAUUAACAAAAGAAACGUUUACAGCCAGUUGUUCCGUGCCACAUUACUCUCCUUUUCCUCUUUUCCAUCCUUCCAUUUAUACCUAUAUGCCAUUUCCUUGGUUUGUUUUUUUAUUUUCAGUUAUCUCAGCAUGUCAUUCUUUAUUUUUUUUUAACCAUUUCAUUAUACUGCCUCUGAUAUGACAGUGGGCUCAUCUGACUUGUUGCAUUGUGCCAGCACUCCCCAUGAGUUCCAUUGUCUAUUUCCUUCCUUGUGGGAGAUAGGACAUAUCAUAUGUAAGAUACAUCAUGCUAGAGGUAAAGAACAUCAUUCUUUUAGGGAUAUGGUACCCCACCAUUUUUGCAAAACUCUAGAUUUGUGGGCUCCCAGCAUUAUAAUAAUUUUUUUUUUCAAUUUUUAUUAUAAUAUGAUAGUCUGCUAUACCCCAACAGAUUUGCAAACACAAGUUUGUAUUUUCUUGUUUUUGGUAUAUCAGACCAUGCAAUGUCACACAGGCCCUCUUCAAGGUUUAUAACUUUCUAUCUCUAGCUGCCUGUGUUACAUGUUGUUCUUUUUCCUCUCUUUCCACUUAUCCAUCACUCAUUUCUGUCUGUCUUUAAAGUGCCUUGUUUUUGUACUGGUGUCUGCAAUUAUUUCUUAUUCCCGCCCACUUUUACAUUCCAACGAAAGCCUGCCUCACUCUUUACCUAAGCCAGAACGUCAACACUAUUGGGGACACAGCAACAAAAUCCUUUCAUUGUUGUGAAUUCCAUCAAGUUGUAGGUUGGAUUGGAACACCUGUAUUCUUUAAUUGGGGUAAUGGCUAAAUUAGCCACACAUUCGCUUUUUUGUUUUUUAAAUUUAUAUAUAUAUAUAUA